GCAAACGUGGCCAAAACUCUGUGAUAAGAUUGAUUCUGUCACUGUCAUUUUCUUUGCUUUACAUAUAAUAGUAAUAUUUAAUUAUAGUUAAUUAGUGCUCUAAAUUGUUACAAAUGCUCUAAACGUUUCCAUUUGGCAAUAUAUUAAAAGAGUGUGUCAAGAUGUCUUCUUCUGGGGAUUUCGGAAAUCCUCUCAGAAAAUUCAAACUGGUGUUCUUAGGAGAACAAAGUGUGGGGAAAACUUCACUCAUUACAAGGUUCAUGUAUGACAGUUUUGAUAAUACCUAUCAGGCUACAAUAGGAAUAGAUUUUCUGUCAAAAACCAUGUAUCUGGAAGAUAGAACUGUGAGACUGCAGUUGUGGGAUACAGCCGGACAGGAGAGGUUCCGCAGUCUGAUUCCCUCCUACAUACGAGAUUCCACGGUUGCUGUAGUUGUAUACGAUAUUACCAAUGCAAAUUCAUUCCAUCAAACCUCCAAGUGGAUCGAUGACGUGCGGACGGAGCGGGGCAGUGACGUGAUAAUCAUGUUGGUCGGCAACAAGACUGAUCUUUCUGACAAGAGACAGGUGUCCACUGAGGAGGGCGAGAGAAAGGCCAAGGAGCUUAAUGUUAUGUUUAUAGAAACUAGUGCUAAGGCUGGAUAUAAUGUUAAACAAUUAUUUCGAAGAGUAGCAGCUGCUCUGCCUGGGAUGGAUUCAACAGAAAACAAACCUCCAGAAGACACUGUUGACUUGCAGACUCAGCAUUCUCCUCAGAACGAUCAGCAAGAUUCUGAGAGUGGUUGUAUGUGCUAAGAUAAACAAUAUGGUUUGUUAUAUUUUUGGAUAUUGCUACUGAUGGAUUGUGUCAACUUUGUAGUUUCGUACGGAGCAAGAAAGUGAUGUUGUGGCAGCUAUAAUAACAUCCCUUAAAGGUGCUUUAACGACAACAGCACAUAUUCUAUUUGAUAACAGUGUUAUAUUACUCCUUAUUUUCUGCUUUUUGCUUUCAAUGACGAAUGCAUUCAUCUUUCAGCUUAGGUAAUUGCAUUGUCCACCUCUAUAAUAGAACUACAGCCUUUUUUACAGUAUUACACUUAGUACUUGAACGUUUUUUUUUUAUUUUAAAAUGAAUGAACUGUAUUAUUUGCAAAUAAACUGUCUUUGUGUAUGAUUCAA